AGCCCGAGGCGCCGCCCCGGGCUUGGCGCCGACGUGGCCGGGCGGCCGCGCUCCGUCCCCGUUCCCCCACCGCCACCCUCAGCGGCCAUGGGCGGCGCCGCCAUCUUCUCGCUGCUGUUGGCGGUGGCGGCGACAUGGGGCGGCCCCGAGGUGCGCAGCCUGAGGGGCAGCUGGCGGCUGGGCAACGGCAACGGCUCGCUGCGGCUGCCGGCGGAGGUGCCGGGCUGCGCCCACACCGCCCUGCACCGCCGGGGUCUCGUCCAGGAUCCAUAUUACAGAUUUAAUGAUGUGAUGUACAGGUGGAUCUCUCUGGAUAACUGGACUUACAGCAGGACGUUCAAAACUCCUUUUGACGUCAGAAAGUGGCAGAGAAUUAAUUUGGUUUUUGAAGGAGUAGAUACAGUAGCACACAUCUUGAUCAACAAUGUCACUCUUGGGACAACAGAUAACAUGUUCAACAGAUACAGCUUUGAUAUUACCAGCGUGAUCAAGGAGGUCAAUUUUGUUGAAGUCCGUUUCUUAUCAGCAAUUUCAUACGCUGCAGAGCAGAGCAGAUGUCACACAGCAUACAGCAUCCCCCCGGCGUGCCCUCCACCUGUGCAGAAAGGAGAGUGCCAUGCCAAUUUCAUCAGAAAGGAGCAGUGUUCAUUUGGUUGGGACUGGGGCCCUUCUUUUCCCACUCAAGGAAUCUGGAAAGAUGUUAGGAUUGAGGCCUAUAACUAUUAUCACCUGAUCUACUUUUCUUUAACUCCUUUCUUUGUAAAGAGCACCCAGCAGUGGAGUCUUGAAAUCGAGUCCAUCUUCGAUGUAGUCAGCUCCAAGCCAAUUGCAGGUCUGGUGACUGUGAACAUUCCCAAGCUGCAAACACAGCAAACAUACAAUGUGAAGCUUCAACCUGGAGAAGGCAGCAUUGUGCUGCUUGUAAACAUCAACAAGAGUUCCACAGUGGAAGCUUGGUGGCCGAAUGGACAUGGGAAACAAACUGGAUAUAACGUGACAACAACUUUCAUCAUGGAGGCAGGAUACAAGAUUGAGAAAUUUUCAAAGGCCUAUUUUCGGACAGUGGAACUUGUUCAGGAGCCUAUUCCUGGGUCACCAGGUCUGAGUUUCUACUUCAGAAUCAAUGGCCGACCCAUUUUCAUCAAGGGCUCAAAUUGGAUUCCAGCAGAUUCUUUCCAGGACAGAGUGACCUAUGACAAAUUAUGGCUACUCCUGAAGUCUGCAGCAGAUGCUAACAUGAAUGCACUUCGGGUCUGGGGAGGAGGAGUAUACGAGCAAGAUGAUUUUUAUGAUAUUUGCGAUGAACUAGGAAUAAUGAUUUGGCAGGAUUUUAUGUUUGCAUGUGCGCUGUAUCCAACUGACCAGAAUUACUUGGAAUCAGUAAGAGCAGAAGUUUCUCAUCAGGUAAGGCGGUUAAAAUCCCAUCCAUCAAUUAUUUUGUGGAGUGGUAACAAUGAAAAUGAAGCAGCAAUUGCAAGUGACUGGUUCUCCAUACCACAUGCUGACAGAGAAGUCUAUGUCAAAGAUUACGUGCUGCUGUAUGUGAAGAACAUCCGAGAAAUAGUUCUUGCUGAAGAUAAGAGUCGUCCUUUUGUUGCAUCCAGUCCUACCAAUGGCGUGGAGUCAGUUAAAGAAGGCUGGAUCUCCCAGAACCCUUACGAUACCCAUUAUGGUGACACUCACUUUUACGACUACAGCAGUGACUGCUGGAACUGGACAGUGUAUCCUAAAACUCGUUUUGCUUCAGAAUAUGGAUUUCAGUCCUGGCCAUCCUUCAGUACACUGGAAAAGGUUUCCUCCACUGAGGACUGGUCCUACACAAGCAAUUUUUCUCUCCAUCGACAGCACCAUGAAAAUGGCAAUGACCAGAUGCUUCAACAGAUUGGGUAUCAUUUCAAGCUUCCCCAGACGACAGAUCCCAUAAAAAAGUUCAAAGAUACGAUCUACCUCACUCAGGUGAUGCAGGCUCAGUGUACAAAGACAGAAACUGAAUUCUAUCGUUCUAGUCAAAGCGAAAUAAUCAACGGAGAAGGUCACACAAUGGGUGCUCUGUAUUGGCAACUCAAUGACAUCUGGCAAGCACCUUCGUGGGCUUCCUUGGAGUACGGUGGUAAGUGGAAGCUGCUUCAUUAUUUUGCCCAGCACUUCUUUGCCCCACUGCUGCCUGUGGCCUAUGAAGACAAAGGCGUGUUGUGCAUCUACGGUGUCUCAGAUCUUCACACGGACCACGAGCUGACUCUGAAGGUCACCGUGCACUCAUGGAGUUCUCUGGAGCCGGUAUGCACCCUUGCCAAAGACGGCGUGACUGUUAGAGCACAAAGUGCUGUCCCCAUCUACAAGGAGUCCAUAAACGACUUGCUGGAAAGAUGCAGAAAUUGCACCAGGAAAAGCUGCGUUGUUACUUUUUAUCUUGUGGGAGAAGGUGGGCUCCGGAGCCCCACAAAUCACCACUUCCUCUCGUCCCUGAAGGAUGCUGUCGGAUUGGAAAAGGCGCAACUAAGUGCUGCUGUAUCCCAAAAAGAUGACGUUUAUGUAUUUGAUCUCCAGACAACUGCAGUUGCUCCUUUUGUGACUCUGGAUGUAGGGAGUAUAAAAGGCAGAUUUAGUGACAACGGUUUCCUCAUGAUCGAAAAGAAGAAAGUGGUUGUGUUUUAUCCUUGGGAGCCUACCAGUGCUGAAGAGCUAGAAAAGUCGCUCACCUUGACAUCUCUGAUGGACGUUGCCUGAGGAUUUCUUUCUAGUGUGAAAGAAAGAAGUGAAACAGGAAGAGGAAAAACUCAGAAGAAUUUGACUGAAGUAGAAGUGAGGUGUAUGAGAUGAGCUGACUGGAGAAUAUAUUGUCCAUUCCUGUCCUGUGUGAAUUUUAACUGCUGGUUCAAUGUAAAGAUACCAACAACAAAGCUUGCUUAUAAUAUAUAUGAUGCAUUGAAAGUGAGGCUUUGUCAGGUAACUGGAAAAAUGUGUCCCACAUAAAAUGGGUGGGGUCAAUUGAUGCAAGAGAGCUGGCUUGAGUCCUCCAAUUCACUUGAGAAGGAUCACAGGGUUGUGGAUAUCUCAUAAGUAAGAGGGAGGACAAAUAUGUACCUCCACACCCUGUUUGUAAAACCCCAUAUUUUUUCCUGGAUAAUGUGGUGUGAGACGUGUCUGGCUGUAGGAAAAGGGAGAGGAGAAGAGUUGGCCAAAGGUGCAAGGAGAAAGGAGGUGGUGGAGAGAAGAAAUGGUCAUGUGUGAGGAUCACAGAGUUAUAAACGGUUCCCUUUUCUCUACAAGAGGCACAGGGCCUCCUCUCCUUCCAGAGGGGUUGGCUCAGUUUCGUUUAUCAAGCAAAUUGUGUCAUAAUUAGGUUUUAUGUUUUGGUUUGUGUCUUUUUAACCUCUUGUGUGUGUGUUACCUGUGAAACGUGACAUGGACAUCAUCAAAGGGAAACCUGAGUAUCUGAAACAUCUCAGUGUGUGGGUUCCCUGUAGAAGACAGCGUUUACUCAUGAUGAGAUCUGGUGGCACGUUAUGCUCCUUAGGCCACGCAGAGUAACGGUGCUUCACCUUGUACUCUGUUUUUGAACAAGUUGUUUUUAAAAUGUUUUGGUUUCCUGUGGAAAUGUCUCACUUGGGCGUAUGAUACAAAGAAAAUGUGCUUCAGGGUAGGGGGCUGCAGCAGUCUGCGGAGCCAAAAGCUGGAGAUUUGGCCGUCACGAAGCCCAGGCCGUGGAGCUGUGCCACAGGCAGGUUGCUAAACAUUGGUCCUGUGUGUCUGAUGAGGUUUGAAACGCAGCUGGGAUCUUGCUGGGGUUCCACGGGGCACCUGCCACAGCGCAGCCACAUUUUCCUGCACAGCACCGAGCAGAAUCAGCACUUCAGAGCAGAAAGUGUUUGACUGAAUUGUGCUGGGGACAGUUUUUCACCACCUUCGCAGUGAAAGCACCGUGUGGGUGGCGUGUGCUGCUGGUGCUGGGGUCUGGAGCAUGUGUGGGGAGGGUGUGUGCGUCCCAUUCGCUGGUCAGUCCGAAAAGCUGAAAUGAAGGGCUGCUUUGUUGCAGUGAUUGCAGUUUUAAUGGCAAACGGAUGAGCACGUUGACUGAUGCUCGGUGAUCUGCGGCUGUUGUUGAAUGGUUCAUUAACCAAAACUGACCUAGUCCUCAGCAAGAGGAAAAACUUGGCCAUAAAAGGGAAACGAUGAACGGAAGCUCUUACAAAUGCUUUUGUAGGUAAUCAGAACUGCUAAGGAGAGCUUAUCUGAUUAAAGAGUUGUUCUAGUUGAAAGAAGACACAAAAGUAAUCAAAAUAUGCAUAUGUGUAUAUGCCAGUAUUUAUAGAGUAUGUAAAAUAAAUAGGGAAAAUGAUAGCCAUGAGUAAAACCGAACAGUAAGAAAAUGCACACAGUACUUAAGAGUUACCCAAGAGGCAUCUUGGGCCAACAAUAUAAGAAAAAUACGGGAUUGUUUCAGUGUCCUGGGAUCAAGUGGGAUCCGAACAGCAGCAGAGUCUGGAUAAGGCAAGGAUGGAAGAAAGCAACUGCUGUGCAGAAAAUUCGGAAUAAAUAUUAUUAAUAAAUAUUGCUGCAGCUUAUCAGGAAAAGAACAGGUUGGUCAAUGUCUUUGUCUUGCAUUGAGGUAGAAAUGUCUCCAGGAAAUCUAGCUGGAGUUUGAAAAUGACACUUGAUAGUGUCAAACAAAUAAAACUGACAGAAUUACUUCAAAGGAUAUUGGAAGGACUAUCUUAAGACCAAUGAUAUUUGUUCUGAGUGCAUCUUGGAAUAUAAAUGAAGUUUUAGAGUCAUAGUAGAGAUCUUUCAGAUCUGUAGAAGCCAUCAACCAGGAAUUUGGAUAGGUGUGAACUUGUUUAACCUGCUGUGAACUGCAGGUAAAAUCAUGAAAGAAUAUGACGUGGUUCUUCAGCACUGAAUGAAGUGGCCGUGCAACCCGUGGCCAUCAGCAAUGGUAUGCAGCAGAGUGUUCUUACCUAAGAUGCUUUUUGAUAUUUUUUUCCAGUUACUGUAUUGGCAUAAAAAGGUUAAGAGAAAUUUUUAAUUAUUAUUUUUGAAGGUCAGAGGCUCUCUAAAGCUUAUGCCCAUUCCUUCUCGCUAGAAAAAUUGAAUUCACACUGUAAUCAAAGAUUUGUGAUUGCUCAAGCCAAAUUCCUGGUCUGAAAGCAGAAUUAAUGGGAGAGAUUCCCUUCCAUUAUUGUCUUAAUAUCCUUAAUAUAUUCCUUUGGUUUAACGGUGUAGCAGCAGGUUUGUAUUUACAGGUGCUAUUUCCUUCCUCCCCAGCACAGCAGUGGCUGUACCAUCUGCCUUUGUUGUCCAUUUCCCCUUAGUACUUUUGCUGUUCCAUACUGUGACUUAAUACAUUAAUUACGUACUUAAUUACAUUGUUCUGCCUUUGUCUCAGGUCAGGGCAAAGACAGGAAUGCAACAAUGAGGAGAUCUUCAGAGAAUCUCAGCUGCGCUUGUAUGGCCAGGGUGGGAAUCAUCCGCAGGAGGACUGGGAAAUGGGUCUGCAGCAGGAAUCUUCUGAAUCCAGCAAAAAUGUGGACACAGCCUUUGUUGGUCACUCCAGAACUGCUCUACUUCAACAAGAGUGUGCUCCAGAAGAGCUGGAAGCUGUUGGGUGAGUGUUGACCAUUGCAUCUUGAGCUAAUGAAUAGUCAUCAUUGUUCCUGUCACUCCAAGGGAGGGAGGGUUGCUCUUUUUCCUUAAACACAGAUAAACAGCACCUCAUUGGCCCAGAGAAGGGAGAAAAGAUGCUUCCUAUACCGCUACAUGCAAGUAAGAUCCUCUCCACAGUCUACAGAAUCUCUGAAUGCCUCUAACUUUCCACUAUCACAUUUAGCUUUCAAGUGUCUAAAUACAUCAUAAGAUGACACUGGAAACUUACAGCUGCGGCAAUGACUCUAAAAAAUUAAGAGCGCGGUUCCUCUGUGCGCCUGCUUCUUCCUCACUGCUGCGAGGAGGCAGCAGCGUGCUCUGGCACUCCCAGCAGCACAAGGCAGUGUGCCCCGUACAGCCUGACCACCUACCGCCAGGGAUAAAAGACUGAACUAGAGUUGCUUCAAAGGGACUGCAAGGAAAGAAGCUGGCAUGCCACUUACAGUAUGUGAAUGCAGGGGGCCUCAAGACAGCUCUCCUGCUGUUCGUUGCAUGAUCACUCACCUGACGAGUAACAGUUAUGCACAUUUGGCCAUGAAGUAUGUAAGAAAAUACAGACCCAAGCGUCUUCUGCUGGUUUGAAAGCAGAGCAGGGCCAGAAGUACGGCAAAAGGUGCUCAUCAACAGACAGCUUGCCCUGGUGACCUGCAAGAUUGUAGAAACCUUGAUGGAAGUCUCUGCCACCCCCCUGGGCUGUGCUGGAAAUGAUGUGACAGUAGAAGGAACUACACCAGGUUACCGAAGACUGCUGUGAACCAAGAACACCCCUGUCAGAGCUCCACCUCUGUGUCAAGACAGCAGACUACAAGUGGGCGGAGAUGAUGAAAGAGCUUCUACUGUGUUGUCCUCCUGGUGAGGCUGCCUUUGCGAGAUGGAUUGUGCAGUUCUGAAUGAUUUCAAUGGCUUCCGUGUGACCCAUCUGUCUCAAAGCAGCACUCAGCUCUUCAAUUGUACCACCAGAAACCUAAGAGAGAAGACGACAGCAGAUGCUCAGCACCACCCAGCCUAGCUAAAACCCAGGGGCUGCACUGUUGCACCAUGCGGGAGGAUGAGGCUCAGCACACAGCGGUAUGUUCCUUAAUACCUGUAACAGCCACAUUACCUCAUAGUUAUCUAGCAGAGUUCUUGAGGGGGAAGGGCACAACCUGAAGGCGUUACAAAGAAUGCCAAGACCCAGCUUUUGUGCGAGAGUAAACCAGUUUUUGCUUGGAUCCUGUACUUCCAGUACUUUGCAAAGCUGCAUCUUGACGCUUUCAUUCAGCUCUCUUACAUGUCCUGGGGAACAGAGAAAUUAUUUAUUAUUUAUACAAAUCAUGCACCAGUUCAUUUCUAAGCAGAAACAAAGCCAAAUUAAAGAGCAUCUAUUUUAGUGUCCGUUGGUGUUUACUAAUAUAUUGGUGUAGUCUUGAAAAUUAACCUUGUAACCUUGUGUCCUUGUGACCUACCUCUUCACAGAAUUAUGCUUAGUCUAAGGAUGUGUGUGUGGGGAAGGGUGUCCCUCUUCUGCCUCCCCAGCUUGCUCACAAGGAAUGGUGGGGUUAUUUCUUCUGCAAAUAUGCUUUCAGUGUAACUGUUAAUUACUAGAGGGAUAUUGUUAAGUUAUCUUUACAGAUGAUACCUUGUGUCAGUAAGUCCUCCGAAACUGCUGCUGCUGGUUUGUAAGGUUUGUCAUUUAAUAUGUCGUAUACCUAAGAGAAUACAUUAAAGUCAGUAUUUAGCAAAA